UGGAGCUGAAAGGAGGGACCAGAGGUGGCUGAUAUUAAAGAGAGAGGAGGAGGAAAGUCUCAGAGAGGAUACCGAUGACUGAGGGAGCAGCACUGUCUGACUGACUGACUAACUGUUCCUCUUCUAGGCCGAUAACAACACUCACAGCACGGUCAUGUCUAGCGUCAUCUACGGCGGGAACAAAUCCGACUAUAACUGCACCAACGUGGACAGACUGAUGAAAUUAUACUACCUGCCUGUCAUGUACAGUGUAAUUUUCGCUGUAGGGCUGCUGGGUAACGUCACCGCCAUUGCCAUCUACCUGGCCAAGCUACGACCCUGGAAGUCCAGCUGUAUCAUCAUGUUCAACCUGGCGUUGACGGAUCUUCUGUAUGUUCUGAGUCUGCCUUUCCUGGUCUACUACUACACCAACGGUGAAUCCUGGACCCUGGGCAACUUCAUGUGUCGCUUUGUGCGUUUCGGGUUCCACUUUAACCUAUAUGGUAGUAUACUGUUUCUCACCUGUUUGGCUGUGUUUCGAUAUGUAGUCUUGGCGCAUCCAAUGAGGACGGCGCAGGUGCAGCAAAAGAGGUGGGGUACCUUGGCGUGCGCCGCAGUCUGGGCUAUAGCCGGGGCGGAGAUUGUGCCCAUGCUCACCAUGAUCACCAUGGAGAAUAAAAACAACAAGACCAACUGUUUGGACUUUGCUAGCAACAACCUGGCUGUAGUGUGGUGGUACGGCUGGCUGCUGACCGUGCUGGGCUACCUGCUGCCCCUGGUGGUGGUUGUGGUGUGUUACGCCGGUAUCGUCCGGGAACUAGCCAAGGGGCCCCACACCCACAACCCUUGCCGGGUGCGGGCACGCCGCCUCACCGUACUGAUCCUGGUGGUGUUCGUGGUAUGCUUCCUGCCGUACCACGUCCUGAGGAUCCUAAGAAUAGACACCAGGAUGAAUCCUGAGUCAUCAUGUAUGCUGGAGCACUGGGUCCACGCCGCUUAUAUCAUAUCCAGGCCCAUAGCGGGGCUCAACACUUUCUUUAACCUGGCUCUGUACACCCUGGCCGGGGACAAGUUCAAGCAGGCCUUCCUUAGUGUGUUCCACUGGGGCCCCUGGUGGACCAAGUUCAGGACUCACCUCAAACUCAGCCUGGCUGUCGUCAGUAAGCCCAGUAACCCAGCUUUAGCAGAAAGGACAGUAGCCACGGAUAUGGACAUCCAUAGACAGGAAAUAUAAUACAGUGUUCUACUUCAUUCUGUGUGGAUAUUACUACCAUGCCAAUAUAUUGUCCUACAAUACUGUGUAUACUGUACUGUGAUCCUGUAAAUAGAAAACCUUUUAUCAGAUUUUAUUAUAUGCCAGUAUGAGGUUUACAACAUUUAUGUGGUUUCUAUAAAAAUAUUAGAUACCUAUAAAGGGUGACUUUAUAUCUACUGUAUACUCUAAUUGAUAUUGCCAUAUCACUUCAUUAUAAAUAAACAUUUAACAAUCAACAUUUAAC